GAGGUUACCACUUUACUACCUUGAGAGAGAAAAAAAACAAUGGCUUCCAACAAAACCACCUCAAUUAUUGCGAUAUUCCUAGUACUAAACCUUCUAUUCUUCACCUUUUCAAGUGCAUGUGGGAGUUGCCCUGAUACACCAAAACCAAAGCCAAAACCUAAACCGAAGCCGAAGCCGAAGCCGUCAUGCCCUCCACCGCCGGCGGGCCCCGGCGACAAAACCACUUGCCCUAGAGAUGCCCUAAAACUAGGUGUGUGCGCCGAUUUGCUCGGCGGUUUGAUCGGUCUCACUAUCGGAAGCCCUCCGAAAACCCCAUGCUGCAGCCUCAUCGAGGGUUUGGCCGAUCUCGAGGCGGCGGUUUGUCUUUGCACCGCCAUUAAAGCAAAUGUUUUGGGCAUUAACCUAAAUGUUCCAAUUUCUCUUAGCUUGCUUCUUAAUGUUUGCUCGAAGAAUAUUCCACCUGGCUUCCAAUGUGCCUAAAAUCAAACAAAUUAAGUGUACUAGGUUUUGCUUGGUAUACAUUUCAGAUUUUUGAGUUUUAUUAAAGUGUGUUCUUUUUAUUUUAUUGUGGCUGACUAUUAUUAUUAUUAUUAUUAGUUGUUGCUCAUGUUUAUCAAAUAAAUAAAGUGGGGGUAUAAUAGUGAAGAAAGAGAAUUCACACUAAUGAGUGUGGCUUGUGAGGGUAAGAUUGUAAUUUGUAAUAUUUGAGUUCUUUCCUUUGAAGAAGUUGUUUGGUUCUAUUCUUGUCA